ACUUCCACUAAUGCACAAACGUUGAAGUGAUGGUGGUGUGUUGAUUAAAUGUUUAACUGACCGCAAUCACAACGUUUUAAAUCUUACAUAUAAUUCAUAUAUAGAACUAUUUGCAUAUGCAUUUACAGUGAUACAAUUUUUCUUUAUUUACUAAUCAUAAUCAAAUGUCGGUCGAUUUUUGUAUAAGUGUAACCUACAACUAUAUUUAUAAUCAAUAAUAGAUAUACUAAAAUUCGUACUUCAAAAAAUGGCAAACAAUAGAAAAUUAAUAAAACUGUUAUUGGUUGUCAAUAUCGUAUAUAUCUGUGUUGGUUUUACAUCCACGAGGUCUCCUGGAGUACAUCAAACUAAAAAACCGGUAAAUAAAGUAGAAGAAGUUCAAUCAGUUGAAGCUGCAGAAGUUCCGGAAGUACCAGAAGUUGGGGAAAAUAACGACGAAGUAAAUGACGCACCGGAUAGUGGAAGAUUAAACAUGAAAAGACGACCUAAUGGCUGUCCAUAUUGUGAUUCUAGUGUGUACAGCUACUGCUCUGAUAAAUUGCUACAUGACGCAUGCUGCUGUUUAGAUCCACAAGAUACAGAUUUACCAAAUGAAUGCCAAUUCGCAGAUUGUAGUUUUCUUCAUUCCAACACUUGCCGAGAACACCGCCUUAUUACUGCCUGUUGUUGUAAUCAGUUCCUUGCACAUAAAAAGUAAACUAAAUAUUAUUUCUACAAGCAUUGUUAAAUUUUGAAUUCUUUAAUAAAUAAUGAUUUUACAUAAAUAUUUUAAUUUUAGCUUAACUAAUAACGUAAAAAAGUUUUUUGUAGUAAAACAGAUAAAAAUAAGAAAAAAAAAAAAUGUUGAAAAC